AUGAGUAACCGCGGCAUCCUUCGAAGCCGAAAUGCGAACAAUCGCUGGCCAUGGUCUACCAAGACUAGCGAAGACCAGACGGACGAGCACACGCCAAGUUCAAGCGAUGCUGAAGCUCCAGUGCUGUCGGCACGCGAUGAAAAGGAAGUCAACGAACGUCCAGAUGAGAUCAACUUAGAUGCGAAACCUGGUUUGCAAAAGGCUGAAGCAGUUGCUCUUAUUUGGAGUAAGAAGACCGUUAUUUGUCUCCUCGCUUGGGUUUGGGUUUGUUACAUGAUAUUGGCAUUGCACCAGAUCAUCUUGAGCAAUAUCACAGUCUUUGUCUAUUCGUCCCUUGAAUCUGCGCCACAAAUCACGAAUGCCUACAUCAUGGCCAACAUUAUCGGUGCUGUUCUGAAACUGCCACUGGCUAAAACCCUAAACCUUUGGGGUCGUGCCGAGGGGAUGAUGAUAUCCCUGGUCAUAUAUCUGGUCGGUAUGGUCGUCUUGGCAGCUUCCAACGAUCCCACUACAUACGCAGCCGGUUACACUAUCUAUUUCAUCGGAUACGACUGUAUCUAUUUGCUGUUGCAGAUCUUCGUGGCUGACACUACCGGACUGCGAAACCGAGCAUGGGCGUUUGCGUUCUCGACAACACCAUUCAUAUGCACAUCAUUUGUUGGCCCACUGGCUGCAAAGUCGUUUGAGGAGACCGGAUGGCGCUGGUCGUUUGGCGUCUUCGCCAUCGUGGCACCUUUUGUGUUCGUUCCAUUGAUCCUUGUAUUCAAGUACUACGAACGGAAGGCGGAAAAGCUUGGGCUUUAUCAUCCUCAGCCGAGUGGCCGCACUUGGUCUCAGAGUGUGAUUCACUACUUCCAUGAAUUUGACGUGAUCGGUGCUUUCAUUUUGAUGGCUGCUUUCGUCCUAUUCCUACUACCUUUCAGUCUUAUCACGAACGGAAGAUCCAGCUAUAAUACUCCUACCUUUAUCGCCAUGGUGGUUAUCGGAUUUUGCCUGUUUUUCGUCUUUGCUGCUUGGGAGAAGUGGGGUACUCGAUCCGAGUUUAUUCCUUGGGCGCUACUCAGCAACCGCUCCGUUCUGGGCGCUUGUUUACUCUCUGCUCUUCUCUUCUUCAGCUUCGACCUAUGGGACACAUACUUCCUGAAUUUCCUCUACGUCGUGUAUAAUCUCGAUGUCACGAUGGCGGGGUACGUUUUCAAUAUCUACACCGUCGGAUCUUGCUUUUGGUCCGUUCCAGUCGGAGUCUUCAUCUACUACACAAAGAGAUUCAAAUAUUUGGCUCUGUGUUUUGGUUUGCCACUUAUGAUGCUCGGCUCCGGAUUGAUGAUCCACUUCCGUGGUAGUGAUCAAGGAGUUGGGUACAUUGUGAUGUGUCAAAUAUUCUACGCCUUUGCCGGUGGUACCAUGGUUAUUUGUGAAGACAUGGCUGUCAUGUCAGGCGGAGAUCGCGAAGGCAUUCCGAUGACGCUCUCCUUGAUCAUGCUAUUUUCUAGCAUCGGUGGAGCUAUCGGUGGAGCCGUUGCGUCUGGAAUCUAUAACAACACAUUCGUCGAGACUCUUACCAAGGCUCUACCCGACGACAAAAAGUCUCAGGCAGCGACGCUAAGCUUGAGCUAUAUCAGCCAGAUAGCGUACCCAGUGGGAGACCCAGUUCGUGAAGCCUGCGCUCACGCUUGGGGCUACACCCAGAGGCAAAAUGCUAUUGCGUCCACUGCAAUCUUGGUGCUUGGAGUCCCGUGCAUCAUGAUGUGGAAGAACGUCAAUUUGGACAAGAAGCAGAACAAGGGCAACGUCCUCUAA